AUGUACACAAGCAUCGUACAGCUUGUUGCCAAAUUAGCCAGAACAAAGUAAGUCAUUUUUCAUUUAAAUGCCCGUGGAGGACCGAAUAUGACAUAAUUCCACAUGUAGAUAGUGAAGAUCAUGAUCUCGUGCAGGAGAUCGACGAAUCCUUUGGUAUUUGUUCUUGUGCCGCCUCUUCGUUCUGGAAAGUGAACUAUGACAGACUAAUAUUUGAAGGAAGCCUGUCCAUCGGUAGUACGACUUUUAUCGCCUUUGCUAACUUUUAGAUGUCUCCUACUUCCUUCUGCUGUUUGUCCCGUCCUGUCUUGUCGUCUGGAACAGACGGAAGUCUCUCGUUGAGAGCGGUUCCCUUUCUCAACUGGAGGAGUUAGCGUUCACAAGCCUUAUACUCCGACGCCACCCUCGGGCAACAGAGCCCCUUCAGCAGAGGUGACUUUUGUUACUAUGGAUCGAUUGUCUAGACAGUGGAUAAUGCAACACCUCAUUUCUUCAGACGCCUUUGAUUUGUCAACGGAAAUCGACUUCUGUGAACUGCUGGCCGACAAGCACCGUUGCAACUACGCAGCCUGGGAUUAUCGACGAUGGUUGCUUAAGAAAUGUCUCGUACGUUCACCAACGGUAUGUCUACCCUGGUCUCUCCCCGUUGUUUGUGAUUGUCGCAUGGGCUAG